UUCCCUAUCAGCCUCGGCUCCUUUCUUUCAAGGUGCAGACUUCAGCCCUGAUUAUCUGUACUGUUGACUUCAUAGCUUAUAUACCUCUUCCCUUUUCCCACCUGGAAACCAGCUCCCUGUCAUGAACUCAGAUUCCAUGGUCACCCCAAGCAGCUGAACCUGAAUCGUGAAAUUUGAUGUUGAUUUGUUUCAAAACAGAAGAAGUAAUAUUAAUUUAAGGAUUUCUUACAAGUAUCUCUGAAGAAAAGCAGACUCAGUCAAAAUGAAGCUUUUACUUUGGGCCUGCAUUCUUUGUGUGGCUUUUGCAAAGAAGAAGCGUUUCCACUUCGUUAGUGAGAAAUUUUUCUCAAGCAAUGAAGAGGGUUACAACCGCCAUCGUUACCCCAUUAACCCAUCUCUGAGUAAUCCUUAUCCAGUUCCAGAGAAUGAUUUCUCUCCUUUCAAUCCUCCCAAAAAAAAUAUUCCUAAUUAUCCUGGGCAUCCUGACCCUGAAACAGGAGUAGCCUCAUAUCCCUGGAUUCUCAAUAAUCCUGGUGCCUCUGUCUACAACAUUCCUAAAAUCCCCUUACCUACCUGGCUGUCCCCUCCUCUUUCUGCUGGGGCUUCUGUCCAUGGCUUACCCCCUAGUUCGGCUGUAGGACCUUUUGGUUCAGAGAAUGCAGCUCCACCUCCACCCUAUGAACCUCAAGUCGAAUCUAGGACAGAAUCACCUGCUACAGGAGAAUUUGCUGAUAUGGCUAUCAAUGAACCUGAUGAAGCUGAGCUCUCUGCAAUCACACCCUCUGUGACCACACGCAAUAUCUUCCACCCUCCGGCAGGCAAUCCUGCCGUCCCAGAACAUCAAUCUUCUAAUUCUUUUACUCAGGAAAAGAAAUGAAAGUUUCUAAAGAAAAGAUCAACAUGAAUCUGCUUCUAUACUGCUAUAACAAUCAGUGAAAUCUGAAGAAUUUGCAUUCUCAAAAACUUUCAUUCUGUUAUAUUAAAAAUAUUAAUCUCA